CUCUCUCUCUCUCUCUCUCUCUCUCCCUCUCUCUCUCUCCCCCUCUCUCUCUCCCCCUCUCUCUCUUGCUAACGAGUGGUGCGCACUGUGUUCCGAGUGACGUUCCUUCGGGAAAAGGACAGAGACUAUAGUUAUGAGGGUGUUGAAGACGACGACGACGACAACGACGACGACGACGACGGUGCUGACAGGUUCCGUCAUUGAGGAAGGAGAAAGAGGGACGACACGCGGCCGGUGCAUUCCCGCCGCUCGCGGAACGUCCGCAGUGACGUUCUUAGCGCAGUGAAACGAUACAGCGAUUGCCAAGUGAAAAUUCUCGAGGAAUUAUCCUCGAUAGUCGAGACUCGUUAAAACGCGAACCAACGAUUCCCAGCGACCGGAAAGACGAUUAUCGAGUUUUAUUAAAUCGUGCUGUGUUUUUUUCCCUCUCUCCUAUAUAUAUAUCUCUCUAUCUCUCUCUCCUGGACCAUCGUGGAUUCGGACACGACAACGAUACUUGGAACGUGUAUUCUGAAUUUGGACAUCCUGGUGGACACCUGUACCAACGAUCUGGUCUGCACGUGGCUCCUGUCACCCGCCAUUGUCGACCCGCUCGACGACGUUACGCUCAUCGUCGUUUAACGGCCGACGCGACGACGCGACGACUUGGCUCGUAUAAUUUAUCGCGCCUUCGUCCUCCGGCCGUUCUUCCGUCCCUCCCGCAAACCGCUCCUUCUCCUAUCUCUGACUCGUUCCACCGACCCCUUUCUCCCUGCCCCCUCCGAUCCUCCGCUCUCCCCUCCUUACCCGUGGUUCCUUACGUUCGGUACGCGCGCUCUUUAUUUACUCUCGGUCCGUCUUGCUAUGCUCGCACCACCGGCGGCGGCGAACCCUCGGUGCUGAUCCUCGCACUUUGUCGCGCGCGUCCGCUCUUCGAUGACGUGCCGCCUCGCUUCUCGCUGAAUACCACCCGGUCGGUCGGUUCCUUCGAGCUUCUUCCUUCCCCUCCCCCAACCCCCUUUUAUCCUCCUUUAUCCUCCUCAACCCGAUCUUCUCUUUACCAUCACCUCCUCCUCCUUUCCCUCCUCCUCCUCCUCCUCCUCCUCCUCCUCCUCCUCCUCCUCCUCCUCCUCUUCCUCCGUCACCACCUAACAUCUUCUACGAUCGCUCGUCGGCGUGGGUGCCACGGUUUCGCCGUCGUCGUCCCUCGACAUCGGCGUUAUAACAUCGGCAAUAAACCGGCAUCAUCUGCACCAUCACCGAUCACGUGGCUUGCUCAACGGCUACGCUGUACGACAAUGUGCACGCCGCGCCGCUGUGCGGCUCCGGCGUGGGCCACCCUGGCUCCGUCACGCCGAUGGGGACAGCCACCGGAGCGGGGCAUUCCACCGGGGUGACCUGGUGGACCAUGAUGAACGGUUCCCUGUACGACGAAAGUCCUCCGCCGGUACAACCUACAGCUUCGACUCUCGUAUCGCUACAGCAGCAACAACAGCAACAACAACAACAGAGUUCAACUGCAGGCUCUCAUCAACAGCAACAACCACCUCAACAACAACAACAAGCGACGACACCAACCUCCCCUGGUGUCCCAGCGUCAUCAGGCACGACCGCACCAUCGGCACCUUCAGCGAGCGCCAGCUCGACCUCACCGAGCGCCUCCUCGGUCGCGAGCAACAGCGCGACGGGACCGCUUCAUAUACCUGCGAAAAGACUAACGGCUACCCCAGGCGGUGCCAGCGGAGCCGGCUCGAGCUACGGGGAAGUAUCCUGUGUCGAGGCAUCAUCGGUUGGUGCGGCUGGGGCCGCGGCAUCGGGCGUGAUACGACACUCGCACUCGUCCUCGGCAGGCUCGCAAGGCGGUUGGAGUUACAGUCCUCAUCAUCCGCAGGACUCGCAUUACUCCUCCGCGGCGAGCGAGUCCUUAAAUCACCAUCAAACAUACGGGGCUAACAACCCCCCGACGUAUUACAAUCUGGCGGCCGAUCCGACCUCGACGUCCGGUUCCUCGAGGGACAACCGGAAAACCGGAUCUACGGUGACCUUUUGGUCGCCUGCAACCGCGACCGUGGCCUCGGCGGCCACUACUCCUGAUUACAAGCCUUAUAAUUCUGCUGGAGCUGCUACCGUGAGCGGAUCAUCCAGCGGUGCGGCAGGUGGUACCUCCUCGGUCACGGCAGCGGCCACGGGACCACCCGAUCCUACUGUAUCAUCUUGUCAUCAGAGCAGUUUUGGGCAGAGCUGGUGUAAUUACGCGCCUUACACCACUGCGAGGCAUCAUCAUCCGGUUGAUACAGCUGCUCAUCAUCAUCCGCAUUCGCAGCCGACUGUUCCAUAUCUAACACCCUCCGCGGCCGACGAUCGGGGCAGAGUUGCAGCCGCGAUGGUCGCCGCGGAAGGAACCUUUCCUCAUGAUGGUUAUGGCGGACUAAGGAACUACGGGGCACCCGAGCCCGUCACUUCCAGUCCCUAUCCACCCCCAGUGAUGUGGGGUUCCUCCCCAUCUUCGUUUUUUCCAGCAGGUUCCCUGGCGGGAGUCGGCGUGGGCGUCGGCGUGGCCGGUGUGGCUGGCGUAGGUGUCGGCUGCGGUGGUUCGACGCAUUUGGAGUGGACGGGUCCGAUGACGGUACGAAAGAAGCGCAAACCGUAUUCGAAGUAUCAAACGUUGGAGUUAGAGAAGGAGUUCCUUUUCAACGCAUACGUCUCGAAGCAGAAACGAUGGGAACUCGCGAGGACAUUGAAUUUGACCGAGCGACAGGUCAAGAUCUGGUUUCAAAAUCGGCGUAUGAAGAACAAGAAGAAUACGCAGCGUCAAUCGCAACAACAACAAAACAAUAACAAUAAUAAUAAUAAUAACAACAAUAGCGCGAAUAACGCGAAUCAUCAUGGUGGAGGAGGCGCGACCGGUGGUCAUCAUCAUCCGGGUGCCGGUCAUGCGGCCCCUUCGAGUCAUCACGUGGUCGCGCAAGCACACCACGCGAACGGCUCGGCGAAGCAUCAUCAUCAGUGACCCGUGGCCUUCUCUGGGGUCGUCUUCGGCCACUAUCCUCACGGCUCCUCGUCGAGCACCGGGGCAACAACGGCGGCAGCGAUUGCCACUGGAGGCAACGUCGGCGUCGUUGGUUCUGCAGUUGGUACUGCCGUUGGUUCUACCGUCGGUUCGGGUGUCGGUUCGGGUGUCGGUACGGGUCUCGGUUCCGGUGUAAUGACCGGUGUCAUGAGCGGUAGUAACGCCGGCGGAAUCGGCGUCUCGACGGGUAGCCACGGGGUCGGAGGUCACGCGAGUUUGGUGGUAGCGGCGGCGGCAGCCGGCAUUCCGCAGAGUACGCUGACGCACGGAAAUUCCGCGACGCCUAUACGAUCGGCCAGCGGCGGGAACGCCGCUGGUACCAACGAUCGUACCGUCGCGAUUGUCCAUCCGCACGGACACGUCCACGCGACCACACCGCAUCAUCAUCAUCACCACCAUCACCAUCACCAUCAUCAGCUGCCGCACGUAGCGCAACAAUAUCCCGCGCUUCUUCAUCAGACCUCGCACGGCUUGGCCGCAUGAAUUUUCUCGAUCUACCGACGCCCCAGAGAAACUACUUUAUAUCUAUUAGCUCGCUUAAAAGCAGCCGGUCGCGUUCAACGAAAGACGUGUGCACGCGCGCACGCACUGGACUCUCUCACUCUCCUUCUCUCUGUUUAUCUCUCUUUUUCUCUCUUUGUCUCUCUAUCUCUUUCUCUCCUUCUCAUUCUCUCUAUAUCUAUCUCUCCGUAUUAUUUUCGACAGCUUUAGAAACUGGACGAUCAUUUUACGGAGAGAUACGAUAUGCGAGUAGUAUAAAUAUUAUUAUUAAUAAUUAUUAAUUAUUAUUAUUAAUUAUUAUUAUUAUUAAUUAUUAUUAUUAUUAAAUAUUAUUGUGUAUUAUUAUAACGGUUAUCGAUGAAAGGCAAGCGCAAGCUUAUUGUAUAAAAAGAGAUAAAGAAAAAUGAAAAAACUCAAGGAGCAGAAACGAAUGCGUAAAGUGCUCCGGAGACUCUUCGUCGAGUGUGUCGGUGUCCAGUGUCGGUCAGCUUCGAAUUGAACGGGUCGUUAAUCGUCAUCGUUGUCGGGCAAAUACGCGUGACACCAAACAAUCUGUCCAAACCUUAUUCGGUAAUAUCUUCUCCACCUAUAGAUAUACACAUAUAUAUAAUACAUAUAUACAUA